UCAGUAGGAAACACCCAUCAUUGCCCCCAACAAUCCUUCCCAUCCUUAGAAACCUGAGCUUCCAAGAUAUUCCCUCUUUUUUCCACUUUCCCCCCUCUUAAAUUCCAUGCUCCCAUUCUUCCUCUCAAUUUAAAUAUCUCCCUCCCCUCACUCCCUCAUUCCCUUCCUCCCUCCCCUUCAUUUCCCAAUUCUCUAUAACCAAUCCUCAUACACAAAACCAUAACACCACAACAUAACAACACAUCACAUCACUUCACUCUCAUCACAUAAUGGACCCUUGUCCUUCUUCCACCAACACAAACUCAGUGAGUGGCUUCUACACGUUUCUCACCAGAGGAAUUGAGGACUUAGACAGAGCCUUUGUUUCUUCCACCAACAACUUCACCAUGUCAAUCCAAUUCCUCCAAAGAGCACUUUCCAUCCUCCGAUCCUUCCACACUCACCUCACCCUUCUAGUCCAAAAGCUCCACCUCCCCGUCGGCGACAAGUGGCUCGACGAGUACAUGGAUGAGACCUCCAAGCUCUGGGAAACUUGCCAUGUUCUCAAGUCUGGCGUUUCUGGCAUAGAAGGUUACUACUCUGCAGGACUCAACAUCACUUCCUCUUUUGACUCUCACCCUCACCUCACUCCUCAACUCUGGCGCCAGGUUCUGAGGGCAAUAUCAGCAUGUCGCAGGGAAGCUGUGGGGUUGGAAGAGGAGAAUCGUUCAUUGAUGGAAACAAGAAUCCACACACUUCCUCUGCAUUUCGACGAGAGGGUAUCCAUGGAAUCCAAGCUGAAUGGAUUCAACGGCUUUAGGGGUGUUCUGUAUGCAAUGAGGAACAUUAGUUCAAUGCUGCUCACUAUCUUGUUACAAGGGCUGGUGUACCGGUGCCCGGAUACCCCAGACAUGGUUCUGGGAGGCUACGAGGGUGGCCGUUUGUUUCUGGGGUCGGGGCUAAUGGUAUCGGCCGCGAGGCUGCAGCAGAAAGUGGCGGCGGAGAUUGGUGGUGCGCAGCCGGGGAUGCUACUGUAUGAGUUCAGGAGGUCGAGGGUGGCGGUGGAGGAGCUGAGAGGGGAAUUGGAGAGGUGGGGGUCACAGCAUGUUGAGUGGGAAAUGGAGGUUGGUUUGAGGGAGAGAGUGGAGAAUCUCAGAAUGUGUUUUGGGGUGCUGAAAUCUGGUGCAGAGAGUGUUGUUUGCCAGCUAGAUGAUUUCUUUGAUGAGAUUGUGGAGGGUAGGAAGAAGCUUUUGGAUUUUUGUAGUCAUAGGUGAAUUGAGAUGAAUUGUAUAUGGCCACAAUUUGAAGGUGUUGUUGGAGUUAUGUGAAAUGAGAAUCAUAUUGCAAUGUUGCUGGUUGUGGAUAAUCUUAACAUCAAGAAUCAUGAAGUAAUUGUAAUUGUGACUGCAUAGUUUAGGCCUUAGGGGAAGUAAAAUGGGUCAUGAGUGAAGGGGGUGACAAUUGACAAAGAAAAGGGAAAAAGAGAGUAACCCAAACCAUGUAGAGUUAAUCAAAAUCUAUAAUAGCAUGUUUAGAUUAGUUUUUCUUUCCGAAUCAAUUCAGAAAUUAUGAAGCUACUUGCAGAAGUUUACAUCUAUAAUUAUUCUUAUUCCACAA